GACAUGGUAAGAGAUAUGUCGGCUCGCGUGCUGUCUGCUGUGCAGAUGCGUAGCCCAGCGCCUGUGAUUCAGCAUGGUCGUUCAGUUUUAUUCCUUGUUCAGAAUGGAGACUCAACUAAAGAUCAGCAAGGUGCAUCUAUUUCUCCUAGGUCUACAGAGGUUGUCAUAGCAACGGAGAAAGUUUGCCUUGAAAUGUCAUCUGGGAUUGCGUCUGCUCAAAACAAACAGACUGAAAACAUUUUAGAAGGUGAGAAGGAGCAGGAAAAGUCUGGAGAGAAUGUAUUAAAUACAAGCACAAAUCUGGAACUAGGUUUCCCUGAGGAUGAUGAGGAAACAAAUAAUCCUGAAGUUCUUUCUCCGUCACAGCCUAGUGCCAGUGCACAGGCUGCUAGUGGAGGUUAUGAAAUUCCGGCACGAUUAUGCACUCUACAUAAUCUAGUCAUACAAUAUGCCUCACAGGGUCGUUAUGAGGUCGCAGUACCUUUAUGUAAGCAGGCUUUGGAGGAACUAGAAAAAACAACAGGCCAUGAUCAUCCAGAUGUGGCCACUAUGGUAAACAUUCUUGCUCUUGCGUACAGAGAACAAGGCAAAUAUAAGGAAGUGGCCAAUUUAUUAUAUGAUGCCCUAGGCAUACGUGAGAAAACAUUAGGACCAGAUCAUCCGGCUGUAGCUGCCACAUUAAAUCAUUUAGCCGUGUUUUAUGGUAAACGUGGAAAAUACAAGGAGGCUGAACCACUUUGUAAACGUGCAUUAGAAAUUAGAGAAAAGGUGUUAGGGGAGGAUCAUCCAGAUGUUGCUAAGCAGCUAAACAAUUUAGCUCUUCUUUGUCAAAAUCAAGGCAAAUAUGAGGAGGCUGAGCAGUUCUACCAAAGGGCUUUAGAGAUUUAUGAAUCUAAACUAGGACCCGAUGACCCUAAAAUAGCUAAAACUAAAAACAACUUGAAAGAAGCUAGGCGUAGGCGAAAGUUGAGAUCUGCAAAGCAAAAAUAACAACUUGAGGGUAAGAAUCCGGAACGUAUCCAAAAUGAUUCGGAUGCUGCGGAAAAGGGCAAUUGCGAGGCUCAAGAGGAUCGCCAGUCACCCAUGUCUGAAAGUUUAGUUUGUUUUGAAAUGGCUCCAUUUAGACCCUUGCUUGAAUACAGA